CCCAAUUUGAAAUUCACCGUGUCAAACUUUCCCCAUGACUCUCUCUAAGCGCGCGCUCCAAUCCGCUGCCGAUUCCUCCUUCCUCCUCCUCCGUCGGCGAGGCCUCUACUCCUCUUCGUCGGUCUCCACUAACGGCGCCGUCACCCACGCCUGCGAGCUUGUCAAGUCCGGCGGCAACCGAGCCUUUCCGCUCGACACUUUGGCUCUUGUGCGGGGCCUGGAGGCCAAGGGUGUCCCGACCAAGCAUGCCGAGGCGAUCACGAUGGCCAUCACCGGAGUUUCCACUGAUAGCUUGGAGAACGUGCACCAGUUACAGAGGACCGUGAUGCUGCAAGAAGCGAAGCUGUCGAAGUUCGAAACUGAAGUAAAGAGUCUACAGGAACAUCAUUUUUCCAUUUUGACACGUGAAACAGAAAAGCUUCAGAGUGUCAUAGACAAGAUGCGUAGUGAACUGAGGUAUGAGUUGGACAAGGUGGCUGCUGGGGCACGCUUGGAUUUAAAUCUUGAGAAAGGGCGCAUGCGUGAUGAGUUUAGCAAUCAGAAUGCAGAAACAGCCAAUCUGACAAACAAACUUGAUCGAGAAAUUCAAGCAGUAAAAGCCUUGGUUGAAACUGGAAAAUAUGAAGUGAUUAAAUACUGCAUAGGGACCCUUGUCUCCAUGACAGCAGUUGGUAUUGCUGUGCUUCGCAUUAUGAUGAAUUGAGCAACAUCAUCAAAGGUUACAAAUCAUUUGUAUGGUCAUUCUUUUCAUAACAGUAAGAUGCUAGGAUAAGUAUAUUGUUGUAGGUUAUAGCUAUUGUGGUCCUUAAAGGGUUCACUCAAAUGAUCUGUUAUGACAAUUUGAUGCAUGAACACAAUUACUAGGUUGAAUGAGAAAUCUAAGAUAGUCACAGUUCCAAGAAAAUGUAAGUCCAUGCGGCCUAGUUUCUGUUCUCUUUUGCCGUAUCGGAUAGGUGAAAUGGAAAUAUAUGAGAACUUUGAACAAAUUGUUACUAGAAUCUGCAGUAAUUUCUGUCGAUUUUCAGCUAGGUGGUUGUUAGACUAGGUUAUUGAUUUGUCCAACUGCCUGCAUAUGAAGGAUAUGUAAUUUUGAGAUCAAAGUACGUGUCACGCAACUUCGCUAUGUUCUUUUUCCUGUUGAUAGUUUCUUUGUUCCAUGAUCAUGUUAUGGAGAUCAUGCUUCUAAUAUUAGAACGAUGUAUAAUUUUGAUGACAACAAUGUCUA